GCGGUCGCUGCAUUAAACCGUGAGGAAUACACCAGAGUAGUUAAUCCACCCCACGACACCCAGAAAUAGACUAUAUAGACUACACACUAAACACUAGCAGACGGAACAAACUCAGAUAGAUUCACUGCAAGAUGCCUUUUGUAGAAGUGAGUACGACACCCCUUGAGAAGGUGGCUUCGGUUGGCUACGCUUUGUACAAAUACUUCGCUCCACAGAAGAGACACCCGGUCAUACUCAAUGAAUUCACCACAGACGACAAAAAGAACAAAACAAUUAAAAAAAGCAAGGAAAAGAGGCGCAAGAGUAUCUCCAACAAUCUGUCACGGUCAGACUCGAAGGACUCGAAGUCAGGAUCGGCAGGGUCAGACACACAGGCGACGAUGACAAACCAAGCUGUGACAGGAUCAGGGUCUCUUGACCUGGGGUCCGAUGCAGCUCAGUCCACCCCAGAGACUACGGAAGAGCAACUGGAGGAGUAUGCAACAGAUCUCGAGAUAGCCAAGAACCUCAACAAGAAGAUUCUGGGUGAACAGGGCAAGUUCCUUAGUUAUGACGGGGCCAAGGUCGAUUACGCAGCGCUAGCAGAGAACAAGUGUCACUUGCCAUGUCGUAAUACACCCAAUGUGACUGAUCAUGAGCUGUGCUAG